UGUAUCUGUGCAUCUCUGCGCUGGUGUUUGGUGGCAGCGUUUCUCUUCACUGCAGGGGCAGCUUCAUUCUCUCCUCCAGGAUGUCGGGCCUUCUGAGCAGCUCUCUUCUGUUUUUCCUUUCCCUGACGCUGUUCCAGAUCCACACACCAGAGGCAAAGCCUCUUUCCGCCAUGCGUGGAGGCGUUCGCAGUUAUGACGUUCCAGUUCGUCUCCGCAGAGAACUUCGCGAUUCAGUGCCCUAUGAGGCCCAGAUGAUCUCCUACCCCUCCGCUGACUUCAAGAGCCGCAGCAAUGACUACUACCCAUCAGAAGUCCUAAGAGCUCAGGGUUUGGGACAGGCCCUCCAGCGGCUGGUGGAAAGUGAUCAGAGGCGGGAACAGGAGGCUGCAUAUUUGGCUUCAAUGCUGCGACUCCUCAACGAGGCACAGGGCACCGGACAGGGCAGAGCAGGGGACCAGGAGGAAGAAGGGGGGGAUUUUCAGGGUCCAUAUCCUCCUGAUUAUGAUGAGACUGAGCAGGCUGUGAGCAUGGCCAAACCACAGGCUUCAUGGCAGGGUCUUCUAGAUCCUCAGCUCACUCAGGCUCUGCUCAACCGCUACAAGCAGGAGAGACUUGUGCAGGCCGGACUCGCACCCGCAGCUAACAGGAUUCCAGAGAGAGAGCAGGACAAAGACCAGGAGAUGCUCAGAUACCUUGUGGAGAAGAUCCUCUCCAGCCUGGCAUCAGGUGGCAACCAGGGAAGCUCUUCAAACCCGAGAGCCAAACGAGACCUGAGUGCAGUGUCCAGCAUAGAGAGACCCAUAAAACCCGCCCUCAAACGCUCCCGUCGCUCUCUAGACUCCGCCCCCGGACCCCAGGCAGAGGCAUCACUGCUGAGGGUGAAGAGGCUGGAUGAUGAUGAUGAUGUAGAUGAAGAUGCAGUCGCAGGUCAAAGCAACGGAACGCCACACAUCGGCCUGCAGAGAAUGAAGCGCAUUGACACUGACCUGCCGCCCCCCAAAAAACACAGCCGCAAGCGCAGAGCCCUGAGCUACGACCCGGCCCUGAUCGCACAGCACAUCCUGCAGUACCUCCCAGCCUAAAAACCAUGCAGAGAGCAGAAACCACACAGACAGAAGUGAGCAAGAGUUUCUGAUGGGGAACGCAACAUUUCACUCGCCUACAGAUACGCCAGCAUUCAUCGUCAUCCGCAGAAAACGAAUCUCACGCUGCACUAAAUGAUUUUUCAGCUCAUUUAGUAGUUGUCUUGUUUUUUAUUUAUUUAAAUUGGCUAAACAUUCUUAAAUCGAGAUGUAUUUACUUAAAAAGAUAUACUGAAGAACAUUGAAAAUAUCAGCCAUUGUCUUCAAUAGUAAUUUUUAGUUUCUACUAUGGAUGUAAGUUGCUGUUGUGUUUUCCAACACUCUUAAGUAUAUUCAUUAAAGUUCAAAAACAUUUAAGUGUGAAUAAAUAGUGAAAAAAUUGUCAUUUUUGGAUUAAAAAGGCACUUACAUCAUGACUAGUUUAAGUACAUUGACAAAAAUUAACAGGAAAGUUUCAUUUUUGGGUGCACUGUCACUUAAAAAAGCAAAUUAAGGUUUUCCUAAGCCUAAUUGCAGAAAUUGUACAAUUUAUUUUGCUUAAUUUUGAUACAUUUAAUUAGAAAACAAGACCUAAUAUCUUGAGCACAUUCAAGCAUCUGCAUCUCAAUUUAAAAAUAUUUCGAUAUUUGCAAUGAAAAACAAGACAUGAAAUCAUUUGCUGCAGUGCAGACCUGCUUGCCAAGCUAUUCUGAUAUGAUGUUACUGUUUCGAUGUUAUAUUACAAUAAAUCCCACACAGAUAACAGCUUACGGAAUAUGCUUGUUGUUUUUCUCCUGUUUUGCCACAUUGUACAGGCCUUACCGACAUGGAAGUGAUCAGUUACUGGCUUUCACAAGUCUCUGUUUUUGUCAGAAUCAAGGUCAGGCUAACCCUGACAGAUCGAGUCGGUUUCAAAUGAUACUGCACUAAAAAGACGAGAUCAAUUUGGCCAGUUCUGCUGGUAACAAGAUCAGGCUUUUACCCAUAAAAACCAAACUGCAAUUUCACAUCCGCCAAGAGUCCAUUUAGGCAAUUUAUGUCACUCAAGUGAGUUUCUAUUGAACAAUCUGCUCCCCAGAAUCGCUGUGAGAUGAGCAGAGCAUUGGUUUGCUAGAUCUGCUUUCAGAAAACUCUCAGUAUGAGAGCUUUACUACAGCCGAUCGUGGGUUUGGAGACAUUUAUUGCCUGUUUGUUAUUAUAAGCAAAGUCUAUGUGUAGCGUUAACUCUAUAUCAAAACUAAAUAUAACAUGAUUUAUCCAGCAAUGUUGCAUUUACUUUGUUAAAAUUCAAUAUUUCUAAUGUUACAAAAGUUUUGGCUUUCAAUUAAAUGCUCUUCUUUUACAUUCAUCGAAGAUCCCAGAAAAAAAAGAAGUCUCACAAAUAUAUGAAGCAGCACAACUGUUUCCAGCAUUGAUGAUAAUAAUAAGAAAUGUUUCUUGUGCAGUGAAUCAGCAUAUUAGUAUGAUUUCUGAAGGAUCACUGUAGACAAGAGUAAUAUGCAGCUGAAAACUCAGCUUUACAUGACAGAAAUAAAUUACAUUUCUUUAACUAUUCAAGUGGGAAAUGGUCAUUUUCGGUUGCAGUGAUAUUUAAAGAGUUCAGAUGCUAAAACCCUGUAGAGUGCCGUCUGAAAUUGCCAUCAAAAAUGCAACUUUUUCUCAGCCUCUUUUGUUUAUAUUUUACUAUAAAGACCAAGUAAAGGACUUAUUCUUUGCCAUAGAAGUGAUAUCACUGAACAUACACACAGGAGCCUGAUAAAAAUACGGAUUUUAGAGGAACAUUUCAGACAGCAUUUAGAAGUUUUUGCAUCUGAACUCUUCAUUUAUUUAGAAAUUUAGUUAAUUUAGAAAUUUAGUUUAAGGAGAAAAGUCCACCUUUGCAUCAAUAUGGCAAAAAAGCUAGCCUUACAUUGCUAUAACAAUCAGAAAUCAGUCAACAUCACUUAAAGGGAUAGUUCACUCAAAAAGUAAUAUUUACUCACUGUUUACUCGCCCUCAAGUGUUUCCAAAAUGUUAAGCACUUCUUUAUUCUGUCGAACACUAAAGAAGGUAUUCUGAGGGAACUGUAACCAUUGACUUCCAUAGUAAGAAAACAAUGCAAAUCAAUGGUUACAGGUUUCCAACAUUCUUCAAAAUAUCUUCUUUGUGUGUUCGACAGAAGGAAGAAACUACAACAAGUCAAAUGUGAGUAAACGAUGACAGAUUUUAAAUCUUUGUGUGAACUAUCCCUUUAAGAAGCAAAGUUGUAGUGAAUAAAUCUCCUACAUGCUACGAAAUACCUUUGUUUGAAACAAACGAUUGACAAACGCCACUUCCUGAAAUGUAUUUAUUGCAGAAGAUGCCCGAUACAGGUUUAAAACAAGUGCUUGCCCUGUCCUCGUUCUCUAAAUCUUAUAGUGUCAUACAGUAUGCAUCUUAUUAAAGCUUGAAGAAAUGUUUGUCCUCCUUGAUCUUGGGCUUUGUAACUCUCUAUCUAAUGUUCUCUCAUCACCGUCCCGAGUUGUCACCUUCUGGGUUUGUGAUCUGACUUUUAUGAAUUUGUGAAGGAAAUCGUGGCUCUGAAUAUACAGUAUAUAUAAAUGCUUUUCGAUAUUCGUGCAGUCAUAAAAUCUUGUACAAAAAUACAUUUCUCUGCACUACGAGUUUUGUCAAACAACAGGAAUCACUGUUAAGUGCUAAUAAAGUGUAUGUGAACACCAA